AUGUCCGGUCUUAUGCCAAUGGCUGUGUACGGCCUCGAGGUCCCAGCCGGCGAUGUCGCCAUCACUGCGAAGCCAGAGAUCCCAUCCGCAUUCCGCAUCACUAUGGCUGCCAUUGACCCCAGCGCUGAGCCUGAGGGCGAGGAGGGCGACGUUCCCCGUGCAACUCUCAAGAUCAUCCGCCAGUCGCUGAUUGACUACGAUGAUGAGGACGACUACGAUGCCGAGGACUUUGACGUCGAGGAGAUGGAGCGCAUGCUGGCCGAGGAGGAAGACGACGAUGACGAGGACAGCGAGGAGGAGGCUAACGGCGGCCCAAGUGACCCAGCCAAGUCCAAGGCCGCGAGGAAGGCAGCUGCCCAGAAGCAAAUCGCUGCUCUGCUUGCCGCGCAAGAGGAGGAGAUGGACGUUGAUGAGCAGCCGAACGGCGUCAACGGAAAGAAGUCUGCCAAGGCUUUGGGCAAGAUGCCAGCCAGCGACGACAGUGAGGAUGACGACGAGCACAGCGAGGACGAUGAGGGCGAGGAGUACGAGGAGUUCGUUCUGUGCACUCUUGACCCCACCAAGAACUACCAGCAGCCACUCGACAUCACUGUCGGUGAGAACGAGCGAGUCCUGUUCAAGGUGUCUGGUACCCACAGCAUCUUCCUUACUGGCAACUACGUUGAGCCAGCUCACCAGCCCGGUCCAGAUGGCUACGACAGCGAGGAGGAUUACGACGAGGAGGACUAUGACCUCGAGCCAGACAGCGAUGAGCUUGAUGACGAGGAGGAUGAGCUUGACGACAUCGAGGACCCACGCAUCACCGAGCUUGAGGAUGAAGAGGAAGCACCAGCUCUUGUCCCAUCCAACAAGGCGGACAAGAAGGCCGAGAAGAAGGGCAAGAACAAGCGCCCAGCGGAGGAUGAGCUCGCCAAUGGCGCAUCGCUUGACGAUCUCGUGACCGCAGCCAAGAAGGAGGCCAACGGCGAGGAGAAGCUCACCAAGAAGCAGAAGAAACAGAAGAAGAACGACGGAACUGCUGCCGCGGUCGAGGAGCCAUCGUCUGCGAAGUCUGACAAGAAGGUUCAGUUCGCAAAGAACCUCGAGCAAGGUCCUACUCCAACCAAGGACGCCAAGAAGGAUGAUAAGUCAAAGGCUGGGCUCGGUGUGAAGAAGGUCGGUGGUGUCACCAUUGAUGAUAAGAAGGUCGGCACCGGCCCAGCAGCCAAGAACGGUGACCGCGUUGGUCUGCGAUACAUCGGCAAGCUCGUCAGCAACGGCAAGGUCUUCGACAGCAACAAGAGCGGCAAGCCAUUCACCUUCAAGCUUGGUGCCGGUGAAGUCAUCAAGGGUUGGGAGAUCGGUAUCCAGGGCAUGACCGCUGGCGGUGAGCGACGCAUCACCAUCCCAGCCAAGCUGGCAUACGGCAACAAGGGCGCACCACCCGCGAUUCCAGGUAACGCCGACCUGGUCUUUGACGUCAAGCUCCUCUCCAUCGGCGGCCGAUAG